AUGGACAUUCCGCUGGUGUACCCCCGCCGCGAGGUGAAGGCGUACGGCACGAAGGCCGCAAUUGAGGGCGACUACAAGGAGGGCGACCGUGUGGUAGUCAUCGACGACCUCGUCACGACCGGGGAGACGAAGGUGGAGGCGAUUGAGAAGCUAAAGGCGGCUGGCCUAAAUAUUGUGUCGAUCGUGGUUCUUAUUGAUCGCGAGAUGGGGGCGAAGCAGUUUCUCGGGGGCCUCGGCUACGACCUUAAGGCGGUCGUCACGCUCUCGCAGCUGCUGCCGCUGUGGCGACAGUCAGGGGCGAUCACGCAGGCGCAGAUGAAGGAGGUUCAGUCGUUCAUGGUGGAGGUCGUCAGCAAACUUUGA